AUGGAUCCCUCGCGUGCCUCGCAGUUCCUGGACCCCGCCUUGGCUGCCAUCACCAAACACAAGGCAGAAGCCAUCAAGCUGGCUCGUGAGCAAGGGGCUGCCGUCCAAGAGAUGUGUCGUAGAGCCAAAACCGAAACGCCGCCUUAUGAGUUUGAGGAGUUGAUUGGUAAGGGCUCGUACGGACGCGUGUACAAAGGCCAUCAGCUCCCCUCCCGCAAGAUCGUUGCCAUCAAGGUCAUGGAUAUCGAUUCCAUGGACUACAAGUCCGUCCGGGAUUUCAGGGAUGAAUCAAUCAAGGACUUUAUCCAUGAGACCAAGGUGAUGAAACAGGUCAAGGAUGCGGGUGCCAAGAACAUCAACGAGUUGAUCGAGGCCCGUUCUAUCCACUCGCAGCUGUGGUUGGUUUCUGAGUACUGCCCUGGGGGUAGUGUUAGAACUUUGAUGCGAGCAACCGGUGAUCGACUUGAGGAAAAAUUCAUCAUCCCCGUUGCCCGAGAGCUUGCUGCUGGCUUGCGUGCUAUCCAUGAUGCGGGCAUCAUUCACCGAGAUAUCAAGGCUGCCAACAUUCUGAUCCACGAGGAGGGAAGACUACAGAUCUGUGAUUUCGGUGUCGCCGGAGUCCUUCAGUCCCAGAUGGAUAAACGAUCUACCUGGAUUGGAACGCCACAUUGGAUGCCGCCCGAGAUGUUUUCGACUCGUGGCGAGGCCCACAAGUAUGGUAGCGAGAUUGACGUCUGGGCUUACGGAUGCACACUGUUCGAAUUCGCCACGGGCAACCCCCCCAAUUCAAAUCUCCGUGAGCGUAUGCAGAUCGGCAGGCAGUUGACCCGCAACACUCCCAAGUUGGACAAUUCCAAAUAUAGCGAUGGCCUGAAGAGUAUCGUCUCCUUUGCGUUGGAGUCCAACCCCGUCACCCGGCCCGCGAUGGCAGACAUCCUGACGCACCCCUACAUUGCCGAUACCGCGGAAGCCUAUCCUACUUCGUCCCUCAGCGAGCUGGUCCGCAUCUAUUAUCAAUGGUCCCAGCGAGGUGGUCAGCGUAUCUCUUUGUUCCAUCCCGGAGGUGCUGCUGCCGCAGAGCUUCCCGAAGAUAGCGACUACGAAGAAGAUUGGAAUUUCAGUACAACUGAUGGCUUUGAGCGUCGGUUUUCUGUUAUCGAUCUUGACCAGCUGGCUGCCUCUCUGGCGGAGAUAGAGGACCAAAUCAGUCCCACCACCACGCCGAGCUCGGAAAAUGACCUCCCGGAAGAGUCCUCUGAUCAGGUGAUGACGGUCGAGGACCAAGCGAACUUUGAUGAGCGUGUCCGCCGGGGUGCUGCGGCGAUGGAAGGCUUGUUCAAUGAGGACAUGCCAAGCUACAAGUACGAAACCAAGAAUGAUUUCGUACCCAUCGAGCCAAAGCCCCCGGCGUCUGACCUCCCACUUCGCACCGAGACCGAUCGAUCCUCGGUUACGUCGACCUUCAUUGACAUCGACAUUGGAUCCUUCGACUCGGCCCAUUAUGCCGCCGGGGCAACAUCGGCCCAGCCAUUCCAGCUGGCCGAUGCCGAUACCAUCCGGGCGAACCGGACCAGUGGGCGUCAGCACCGUAAUUCGGCGGAAAGUCGUUCCCGCUCGUCCAGCAGCGGGGUGAGCAGCAGCCGAGAUUCGGUGGACAUGGCUUACCAGCCAGCAUCUGGGCCCCGGCCGCCCACGAUGGACUGGAAGUUCCCGGUCUUUAUGCAGCCGCCGGAGGAGGAGGCAGAGCCAGCCGGCGAGCCAGCCAGCGAGCCCGUCGCGGAGCCGGUUGCCGAGCCGGAGACGAAGCCCGCGGAGCCAGACACAUCGGACAAGCGUGCCACCAUGGAGUGGACCUUUCCAGUGAUGACCGCCCCAGCCGAUGAGUCUGCGAACGAUAGUCUCCCAGACGCAGGUCGAUACGACACUCUGAAGGCGCCUAUCGUGGACCUCCAGCCGUCAACCACUGUGCGACGCUCUAGCAUUGGCGAGCCCGGGGACUCCCGCCCGUCGACGUCGCGAUCCGGCGAGUCCAACGCGUCGGUGAGUUCGGAGACAGACUACGAUCCCUUCCGCUUCGACCGUCCUUCGACUCCGCCAGCCAAUUCGACCCCGGGCCCAAAUCUGCAAGGAUAUCCCCGAUUGAUGCAGUCGCUUCAGUACGAGAACUACGGACACGCUCACAUCAUGGACGGACCGGGGCCGGACGAGGAAGAAGAACCGGAGUGGAAGCCCUCCGAGGAUGACGACCCUUCCCUGUCUGAACCAUUCCCGACGGCGAUCCCGACCAAGGGUCUGGACCUGAGUCUCCCUUUCGUUCCGUCGGCCAAUUCCUCCGUGUCGGAUUCGCUGCCUACAGCUCGGACCACCUUUCCUGCUCUGGCGACUGACGACGGCGAGCCGAUCUUGUUCCCGGACUUGACCCUGCCUCAGCUCGACAUUUUCAUGGCUGGCGCAGGAGACCACGCCAUCGCGGGCGAGCUGGACCGCUUGCUGGAGAACUUUAUUGACUCGUUGAAUGCUACUGGCCAGGCCUUGUCGCGAGUGAGUUUUGGAGAGCCGAAGACUGAGACCAAGCCGGAUGCUGAAUAG